UAUGACUUUAUGUGUAAAGAUAAAUAUUAGAACAGCCAGAAUACAGUUCAGAAAAUGAUAUCACUUUAAAGUUUAGCCCUCAAAUAUCUUUUUUCUUCUUUUAAAAGAAAGAAUCAGUUAACACAUUUAGAAGUGGAUUUUACUUUGUAUUUUGUACUGGGUACUGGACUUGUUACUCUGUUUGUCCUCCAGCUCCAGUGUCAAAGCCUGCUGUGUCUCAGACGUGUCUGUCACCAGAACAGAUGAUCAUCAGAUGCUCCUCUGAGGGAGAUGAAGUAGAGUUCACUUUGACCUUGGAUGGUCUCUUGCUGACAGAAACCAGAAACCACAGCCAGUCCCAGACAAACUGGACAGCAAACAUGAAGCCACUGGCUGGGAGUGAAGCUGAACACAAAGCCAGCAGUUCAAAUGUUACCAUCAGCUUACAUGGUCAAGUGACAGGAAGCUUGAAGUGUCAUGUUGGGAACAAAGUCAGCAGAGACGAAACAGUCGUUCACCUGACAAGCUGUGAAGGUUCAGUGUCAAAGCCUGCUCCAGUGUCAAAGCCUGCUGUAUCUCAGACGUGUCUGUCACCAGAACAGAUGAUCAUCAGCUGCUCCUCUGAGGGAGAUGAAGUAGAGUUCACUUUGACCUUGGAUGGUCUCUUACUGGUGCAGACCAGAAACCACAGCCAGUCCCAGACAAACUGGACAGCAAACAUGAAGCCACUGGCUGGGAGUGAAGCUGAACACAAAGCCAGCAGUUCAAAUGUUACCAUCAGCUUACAUGGUCAAGUGACAGGAAGCUUGAAGUGUCAUGUUGGGAACAAAGUCAGCAGAGACGAAACAGUCGUUCACCUGACAAGCUGUGAAGGUUCCAUUUCUCACUUGUCUCUCUUGGCUGUGGCUGUGAUCGUGAGUGUUGUCACUCUGCUUCUGCAGGCGGCUUUUUUUCUUUGCAUCAAACAUUUAAACUCGAAAACAAGACCAACGACUGCCAGUGAAGUUCUUUCAGACAACUCUGAAGAUGAAAAUGUCCACUCAGACGUGAGGGCGAAGAAGAAAGCCAAACCAACCCAACCCGACCCACAUUUAACAGUUUGCUAUUAUCAUGUGAUAUUUGACUAUUGAACAUAUCGACUGUACGUUUGUACAUCAUCAGCAGACAGCAGCAGCACUUCCUUCAGUAACAAUGCCUUUUGUGUUUUUAUUUUUCAGUGGCCUAUGUAGCUACAUAGCCUGUCCUUCAGAGUCUAAUUUUAAGCUUGCUGAAGAGCCUUUAUGUAACCAUGCAGACUUAAAAAAAAAUCUAUUUCACACAUUAAGUUUUGUGUAGGUGUUGUAUUGAGAUAAAUGCUACCCUACCCAUAUAUCACUUUACAUUUUUCACAGUGAACUCAAUGCCGAAAACUGUGACAUUAUUUUUUUAAAGCACCCAUGCAUUUGUUUGUCAUGCUGUAUGUAGAUUUUACAAUAUUAUAUAAUUAUCAUUCAAUUCGCACAAUACAGAAGCCCACAGUAGGAAUUAUGGUCAUACAAAUAAAAAUGUAUCAACAGUUUAAUCAG